AAUAGCUCUGCAAAAGAAAGGUUUGACUUUGAGAUUGAACUAUGGACCUCUUGAUAUGCAAAAGAGUAAAAUAGCAAACUCCACCAGGAAUUUAGUUAAUAAUUGAGCUUCAUUUUCAGUUUUCCGAUCAACAAGAAAAUGAGUGGGCUUGAAUGCUAUUAAAACACAGAAUGGACUAUUCAAUAGGACAGGUAGGAGUUUCAGACGUGCAUUGAAAUUAUCUUCCGGGAUUGAUGGCUACUUCAGUGUAGAGCAGACUGAAUUAAAGGGAGACUCAGUGCAGUUUCCAGCAAAAGUAACGAAGUGGCAAACAUUGAACAAGCAGCAAUAAAACUUCAGUUCACAUUAUAGAUGUUGUGAUCAAUCCGAUUGGAAAAGGCUGAUGACAUGUGCCUACUCUGUGAACAAAAUGGUUGAAGGAGCAAGGGAAGGCAUUAAAAGAAAGAACUUGGCACUUCCCAACAUUACGUACUGAAGAGCACCUGUGAGGUCUGUAUUUCAUGGCAUUGAUUUGACCAUCCCAAUUCAUGGGGGGAAAUCCCUGAAUUCAUUUUGAACUACAUCCUAUUAUCAGCAAUAUUAGCGGAGCUAAAAAAUGCAAAAGGAAUUUAGUUUUUCACUUUGACAUGUCCUGGGAUGUGGACUGCUGUACGGAGAACUAGGAGCAAUGAAUGGACAUGUUCCCCAACAAGAAGAUGAAGAACAUAUUCCUUUACAAAUUGUAAGUGUAGAGAGGUGCGGAAAUGACGUGCCUGAAUCAAAUGAGCUUAUUCAGCCUGAAACAUUUACACCUACUAAGAAAACAGCCACCUUGAAGUUGUGCUCUGAGACUGUAUUUUGGAAAUGCAAACUGUGGAUGAUUAUAACUUAUAUUUUCCUGUUGCUGAUUGUUGUGACUAUUUUAGCUGUAACUUUGAAUUCAGUGGGUUACAUUGAUGAAGAUGAAUACUGGGAUUCUGAAUCAAUAGCAAAUGGUAAUCAUCACAACUUCUCAGGAAUAUUAAAAGUUCAUUGUGAAAAUCCUGAGCCACUGCUUUCAGAAUCAACAUAUAAUUUACUUUCUGAAAAUCUCCAUAAGAGGCUUACAGAUAUCUACAGAGAUUCACCUGCUCUUGGGCGGUAUUUUAUUUCUGCUGAAGUAAUUUCCAUCAGUGAUGGAAACAAUACAGCAUUCUAUCACUUGUGGUUUUCAGUGCCACAAGAUGAGACUGAAGAGUUUAUGAAGUACAGAAUGAGCCAAAAGUUUGUGAUGAAUAUUUUGAGGCAAAAUAUUUAUGAUCAAGAAGAAAUGGAUGGCCUGGAGGUACCUGAAUGUACAAAUCUGAGAAUAGAUCCAACAUCUCUUUUACUAACACAAAUACAGCCUGUUAAUACAGAUGGGUGAACUGUAUGGAGUUCUGGAUUUCUGGUCUCAUCUUGGAAGACAACAUUCUGUUCAACAUAUCCAGUGUGUUCUUGUCCUUCUUACAUCAACCCACCACCCCAGGAAAAUAUGAGCACAUCAGGCUGUGAGUGAGAACAUGAGGCAUAGUCAAGAUAAGAAGCUCUUCAAACUGUCCUGAGACCACAACUGAUGGUGGUUAAAUGCUAAAACAAAGGGAAAAUUCCAGAAAACAAACACAUAAAAGUCCCAUUUGGCCUUGAGCUGAUUCUUGUGAGCAUAAAUGCCAUUCUGUGUUAACUUUGUUUCUUCAGUAAAAGGGUGUUUCCAAGAUUUUCAUUAUACUACUAAGCUAUGUGUAGUAAAAGAGAAACAAAUAUGCAUUGUAGGUUAAUAACACAGGUCUGUAGAACGGCCUUCAGUGUCAAGUAUCAACUUGCUCCUGCGUGCCUGCUGCUGCUUCACUUUCCCUUUGCAGUGGUAGAAAUGUGCUGACAGUAUACUAGCUAUUUAUAUUUGCUUUUCUCAUUUCCCCCCUCUGCUGCCAUUACAAGAAAUUUGAACACACACUAUAAUGAAUGUAAGAAACAUCCUGUACUUGUCUUCUUUACUUGGCUGAUUGUUAACACUCGAUCUUACUUUGACUGGAUGGUACGCCGAAGAAGCAAGAAGUAAAGGAAAACAGAGAAUGGCUAUCUCCUAAAUGUCACCUUAGCAAGGAAAAUAACUAGUUAAACACUAUCAGCAAAUUGACAGGAGGAAAUUCAACUCAUUUGAAUUAGGAUGCUGGAAGAGCGUUCCACAGAUACCGUGGACUACUGAAAAGACUAAUGAAUGGGUCUUAGAGCAAAUUAUGUCUCUAGAUGACUCAAAUGAAGUUUUCAAACUUGGGGCAAUCAUGAGACAACAUGACUUGUUGGAAAAGACAACAAAAUCAAGUGAAAGGCAAUAUGAAGAGAGAGGGGAGGGGGACUGAGACUGCAUUAUAGGUGAACUGAUUCAAUAAAGGAAGCCACAGCCCCAAGUUUGCAAAAGCAAACAAGGCAAUCAAUGGCUGGGAAUCUUGGGUGUUCUGCAUGCAUUUCCCACUUGUAGGGUUGUCAUAACUCAAUGCUAACUUACAGCAUUAAUGACAACAUAGUUUGAGAGAUGUAUACACAGUUCAUUACAGAAGAUCUUGCUGGGACUGAUGGAUGACCAAAUGGAAAAGAAACACGGAAGACCUCUACCAUAUAUGUACACACUGUAGCAAGACUUAGUGUUUGCACAAAAA